AUGUCGGAGGCAGAUGCCGGUCGGAUAGAGGAGUCACCAUCCAGAGAAGUGGGAGAACCGGUUGAUGCGAUGCCAGUCAACGACAGAAGAAGCUCUUCAGUAGAAGUAGUGAAUGGCGAUAUGCUGCUGCUACACUCAAUUUUUUAUCAAGGAAAAACUCUCAAAUUGGCGGGUACACACACUCACAUCUACAAUGUUGUCUUUCGAAUUCUUAAACACGUGUGCAAAAAAGUUGCUCAACUGACAGUUGCCUUUCCGGCAGGAUGGGAUAAUGAUAAGCCAGAUAGUGCAAAAGUCGCAAGCUUAUGUAAAAUUUAUAACAGAGUUGCCAAGCCAUUUGCCAGUGCUUGGAGCGGCUCGUACAACACUGAUACACUCGAUGAUUGGGGUGAACGUAACUGCACGCAGAAGGUUGCCAUAGACAUCACGACAUAUGCAUAUGAAUUAGCCGUUCCACGCCCAGCCGAUCUGAAUCACUACUACAAAAGCUUUACGUCGGAGACAUACGGAGAAACUAAUCUCGAACAGAUGGCCAGCAUCAUAGACGAAUUAAACAUUGGUCCACAGGACGUUUUGGUUGAUUUGGGAAGCGGUAUAGGUCAGCUGGUUUGCUUCACCGCUGCCUACGCGAAAUGUAGAAAAACCGUUGGAAUCGAGCUUUCUCAAACACCAGCAAAUUAUGCCAACGAUUUAGGAGACUAUUUCAAAAAACUUAUGAACCAUUUCGGUAAAACUUACGGACGAUUCGAGCAUUAUCAAGGAGACUUCUUGAAUCCAAAGUUUAAGAAAUUGAUAUGCGAAGAAGCUACAGUUAUAUUCAUCAACAACUUUGCAUUUUCGCCGGAACUGAUGUUCAGAAUUACAAAUGAACUACUUCAAGAUCUCAAGCACGGUACUAGGAUAGUGACAACGAAACCAUUCGGAGAUCACAAAAAGGAACUUACCGUCCGAUCAGUUGGAGAUAUCAAUGCGAUUAGUCACACUGUGGAGUUGAAGUCUCUGGAUUAUGGAGUGUCAUGGACUGCCAAGCAGGUCACAUUUUGGCUUACAACCAUGGACCAUACAAAGCUUAUAAGAUAUUACGAGGAAGAACGUCGGAAGAAGCUGGAACCCAGCGGCUCGCGUGAACGAUCUCAGGUAACGGAAAAGAGAAAACUAGAUCACAAAGAGAGAGAUAAUAGAGAUACUUCAAACUUGAACCGAGGUGGCUGA